GAUGAUUUGUCGCUUACAUCUUCUCUUCCGGACUCCACUCUUCUCAUUCCAAUCCAUUUUUUUUCAAACCCAUUUCAAAUCCGCCACCUAAAAGUUCACCGCUCUCUUCCACUUCCUUUGCUCCUCACUCGUUUUUCCCUCCUCUUUCUCCUUUCCCCUCCUUUUUCUUUCCUCUUCCUCUUCCCUUUCUGGGUCUCUCUUCUUUUCUCUCUCAGCCAUUGCAAUGUGAUGGAUUUCUGCCUCUCUUCUGUCAAUUUUUGAGCUUUUCUGCUCUGGAUGUGGAUUUUUACCUCUGGGGUGUUUCAGAAUUUGACCUUUGGCAUAGCAUUGGCUUGAAGGAAAGGAUUGUCUUCACUACACGAUGAAUGCGGCGUCCAAGGAAACUAUGAUGACUUCCAAUCAGGCUACAAAAAUGUUUACUUAUGAGUUUCCUGAUGUUGACUCGGAUUUAUCUAUUUUCCCUGUUCCAGAAGAUGAUGUCUUAGGGGUGGAACAUUUCUUGGAACCUGACUUUAACAAAUGCUUUUCUGGCAGUGUUCUAGAUUUCAACACGUUCCACUCUCAUAAGUGCUUAGGCAUUGAACAUUUUUCGUUUGCUGUUGAUUUUGAUCAGAUAAAGAUCGAUAGUGAAUCAUUGCAUUCUAGCCUUACACUAGAAGGAGAGAGAACUAAGCAAGAGGGUCAUGAUGAAAAACUGCGAGCUGAUGAUGUGUGUUCCGGGAUUAACAAACAUCCGGGAGCUGUGAACUGUCGAACCACAGAUGAUAUCUUCAAUUUGGCUCCUGCUUCAUCCAAUGCUUCUUUUCUAGGCAAUGUGGAUUUUGGUAGCUACUCACAAGGUUUUUCUACAACAGACAUUGGUGUUGAUUUGUCUUUUGCUGGAGGGCAUAAUGUGGCUUUUGAUCAGAAGGAAGGCAAACAUAUGAUCUCAUCUAGCACUGGGUCAUCUGGCUGUUCAGGUAGCACUACUGCAUGCUUGGAUGAUGAGAAUAUGUCAGACGACAGGCCUAUGAAGAGGAAGAGACUUUCAAGCAGCGACUCCUUGAAGACAAAUUAUGAACACAACGAAUCUAAAAUCAAUCCCUUUAAUGAAGGGAAUAGGGGAGAUACACUUAUUACAGAAAAGAGAUUGAGAAAGCCUCCCAGGAGAUACAGUGAAGAGUCAGUUGAACAAAAAUCAAGAUCUAAUAGCAAGAAAAGCGCCCUUAAAGCUUCCAAGGAUAAGUCUCUCCAUUCUGAGUCUCACAAGCAGCAAUGGCAGAAGAAAGUUAAAGCAGCACCAAUCAUUCAUAAGGAUAAAUCAUUCAAUGGAGGUUGCAUUCAAGUUCCGUUCGGUCUUCCAAUAGAAGAAGGUCACUCGGCCAAAAAGAGAACAUGCUGGGAGCCGGAGGAGAUCAAGGACAAUAGAAUAUUGUGCAUAAAAGAUAAAUAUGAAGUGGAGUCUUUCUCAGCCGAGUCCGAAGAUGAGAACACUGAAGAUGAAUGUACCACCAAAGGUAACAGUACUCAAAAAGGCAACAGUCGCAGGAAGCAUCAUAUCUCGUGGACUCUUUCUGAGGUAAUGAAGUUGGUAGAAGGUGUUUCAGAGUAUGGAGUUGGAAGGUGGACAGAAAUAAAGAGGCUACAGUUUGCAUCAUCUUCACAUAGAACAUCUGUUGAUCUCAAGGACAAAUGGAGAAAUCUAUUGAAGGCAAGUGACACACAAUUGCAAAACAGAAGAAAGGUGGUGCUUGGUCGGAAGCAAGCAUCUCAGCAAGUACCAGAGUCUGUUCUAUGUCGUGUUCGGGAAUUGGCAGCUAUUUAUCCAUAUCCUAGGGAAAACAAAUCUAAGGAAUCAUGCUCAGCUCCUUCAACUUCAUCCUUCAAAUCUACAACCAAUAACAUGUUUGUAUCUUUGCCCACAGUUAUGUGAAGUUGAAUUAGAGUAUCAGAUUGGUUUCCUCAUUCUCUUUUUCUUUUUUUUUUUCAUUUUUUUCUUCGUUCCUUUUUUUAGUCUUUUAGGAAGUUAGAAAUGUGAAAUCUUCUUUACCCACUGACUUAUUUGGCAAACAGAUGUCAAAACUUCCAUUCUGCUUUGCUAUUGGACCCAAACCCUUUCUUUUUCGUGUAUUGUUCAACCUCUCUGCUAAUCAAAAAAGGAAAAGGAAAAUUGUUGGCUAUAGCCUUGCUUUAGGGUUCA